GAUCAUCAUAGAUCAGUCGUAUUUAUAUUCGCGGAUAAGACGCACAUCCCUUAGAAACAGUGUCCAAAAUGUUGUGGAUUGUAGUUUCAAUUGCAAUAAUUGCACUUUCUUACUGGUUCCUAAUUCGUCCAUUGAAGUACUGGUCUGAUCAAGGUGUAGAGCAAGGAAACCCAGUGCCCAUAUUUGGGCACAGUUUGGGUACUAUUAUACAUACACAGUCUUUUGCUGAUAUGGUUCAAAUGGUAUAUAACAUUGCACCUGGUGCCAGAUAUAGUGGAAUGUACCAAUUUCUUAUACCAACUCUCGUACUGAAAGAUCCAGAUUUGAUUAAACAAAUAACUGUAAAAGAUUUUGAUUCCUUUUUAAAUCAUCGUAGUUUUAUUCCUGAAGACGUUGACCCAUUGUGGAGCAAAAACCUUUUCUCUUUGACUAAUCAAAAGUGGAGGGACAUGAGGAGUACUCUCAGUCCAGCUUUCACUAGUAGCAAAAUGAAAUACAUGUUUACGUUAAUAUCCGAAAGUGCUGAACAAUUUAUUGAUCACUUUUUAAAACAGAAGGAUAAUAUAAUUACAAUUGAAAUGAAAGAUACUUUUACCAGAUUUACGAAUGAUGUUAUCGCAAAUACAGCUUUUGGUGUAAAAGUUAAUUCAGUGAGAGAACGCAAUAAUGAAUUUUAUUUAAGGGGAAUAGAAGCAACAGAUUUUAGAGGGUUUUGGCAAAAUUUAAAAUUUCUUGUAGUUAUAACAUGUCCAGCGUUGUUUCGAGUAAUUAUUAAAAAACUAAAUUUGCAGAACCCAUAUUUAAUUGCGAAUUUUCAGUAUUUAGGUGUAACUUUCUUUCCCAAACAAGUUAGCAUCUUCUUUCGAAAACUUGUCAAGGAUAACAUUGCCAAUAGAGAAAAACAUGGAAUUGUUAGACCUGACAUGAUCAAUCUUUUAUUGGAAGCAAGAAAAAAUGGUUUUAAACAUGAAGAACGAGAACAAACUUUGGACACUGGUUUUGCCACAGUUGAAGAAUCAGAUAUCGGUAAAAACGGAACGGUCAAACAACAAAUAACCGACGAAGAUAUAACAGCUCAAGCUCUUCUCUUUUUCUUUGGCGGUUUUGACUCAGUUUCUUCAUUAAUGUGCUUCAUGUCUUACGAACUCGGAACCAAUCCUGACAUUCAGGAAAAACUCCGUCAAGAAAUUGACGAAACUUUAGAAUCCUGCAAUGGAAAACUAACAUAUGAAGCUUUGAUGAAAAUGAAAUAUAUGGACAUGGUGAUAUCUGAAACGUUAAGACUUUGGCCAACAGCUGUUGCUGCCGACCGUGUUUGCAAUAAACCCUACACUAUUGAGCCUAAAAAUCCGGCAGAAAAACCAAUCCAUUUGCCGAAAAAUUCAGUCGUGUGGUUGCCAAUUUUUGCCAUUCAUAGAGAUCCGGAGUAUUUUCCAGAACCUAACCGUUUUGAUCCGGAGAGAUUCAGUGAUGAAAAUAAAAAUAAUAUUAAACCUUAUACAUAUAUGCCAUUUGGGGCCGGGCCUAGGAAUUGCAUUGGAUCCAGAUUUGCCCUUCUUGAAACCAAAGCUCUGUUUUUCCAUAUUUUGUCCAAAUUUGAGAUUGUACCAGUCGAGAAAACAGAAAUCCCACUACAACUCAAUAGGAAGUCGUUCAGUAUGACGGCCGAAAACGGAUUUUGGUUUGGGCUCAAACGACGUGAAAAUAAUAAAGAAUAAGCAGACUAGUUGUCAGUUUUUUUCCAUUGUUUAAUUAAUGUUGUAUACGCAUUUAAAACUAAAUACAUAUAUAAAGUUAAAA